AUGGCAUCGAUGGAUCACGACUACCACUUUCUUGAGAACUUGUCGUGGAGCCUGGCGCAUCGCUUUGCAGCAAGCACGUGGAAGACCUACGCGGGGGUCUCCCUAGACUACUACCGGGUACCCUAUGAUCACGACGGUCGUUCGUCCUCAUCCCCACAUGGACACCGACUUCCCAACAUGCGCGUCGACGGCAUGUUCAUGGCUACAUGCCCCAAAUCAGAAGGUAUCACUAACGUGCACGCCGAAAGGAUGAUACUCGACUGGUUACAUAAUCAAGUUGUCAAUUCAAAAUGGCCGCCAGCGGACCGACAACUGCACACAUUACAUCUGUUCACAUUCUUAUCUCCUUGUAGUGGAUGCAUCUCGUGGUUGUGGAGUUUUCUACAUUUCCUCCGACAGAAUGGACUGAUGGGGAGAAUCCGAAUUGUCCUAGGAUAUUCCAAAUGGUACACGCCGCCAGGAGAUCUAAUUUAUCCUGGUCCUUUUCUUACCAUUCCGUGGCUUUAUGAACUCCAACAUUAUUUUCCUAACUUCAAAGUGAUGAAGAUUUAUUAAA